CCUCAUCGGGCGUUGUCAAACUCGGUACUUACUUCAUGCCCUAAAACAAAUCCUGGGCCCAUCAGGCUGAAAUCGACUGACUCCCAACAUCCUAUCCAUACCAUGUACCAUGAGAACUACCCUUCUUUUUUAAUUUUAUUUUUAGUAUCCUAGUUGCCUAGAAAACGACAACAACAGCUAACAAAUCCCUCCCAAGUCGACCAUACUGGACCACCAGAUAAGACGCAGUAAGUAGGAGUAUGCUUUUGCUUCACUUCUCCUCUGCAACUCCAUCGACAGUACGCUAUCAGUUUAUUUGAUUGGUACAAGUAGCCGCCACGUCAGGUUUCUCCAUUUAUCUCCUCCUGUUUUCUCCAUGGUGACUAAGGAUCCGAAGGGGGGCGAGAACUGGAUGGAGCCCGAAGCCUCACUGUUUUUUUAUGUCGAUCUUUAGCGAUGACAUCACUGUGCAUGUAUCAUUCGCUGUACGAAGUACAGUAUGUGUGUAUGUAUGGACAUUGUAUGGAGUAGGGACAAGUGAGAGAAUGUUGUGUAUGCAUUAUAUGUUGUUGGAUAUUAUUAUUUUUUUUAAUAGAUUAAAUUUCCAUUGGGGUGAUUAGGGUUCUGUGGUUUAUGCUCGGAUGUGAAGAUACUACUCACUGCCCUUGGAGGCUGCACAGUCGAGGUUGGUUAAGGUACCAGCUUAUAUUCUUUGUAGAAACUAAUCGUACAAUUUAUCAAAUCUAAUGAUUUAACACUUAUUGCAUCGCGUGACU